UCCACCACAUGAUCACUAUUUCAUUUGUUUAUCUAUCUUGGCCUUAUAUAAACUGAUACUCUACUCACAAAACAAAACAUAGUAUCACAAUGACGCCUCUCAUAAAAACCUUUGUAUUUUCUCUCAUUGCUCUUUCCCUAGCCCAUACACAAGCAGCAACAUUUGACAUCACAAAUAAAUGCCCCUACACCGUAUGGGCCGCUGCCGUACCAGGCGGCGGUAAACAACUUACCAAUGGCCAAACAUGGACCAUUAACGUAGCUGCAGGAACCACAGCGGCCCGUAUUUGGGCCCGAACCGGAUGUAAUUUCGAUGGUACGGGUCACGGUGGAUGCCAAACCGGCGACUGUGGCGGUUUAUUAAAUUGCCAAGCGUACGGUACACCGCCCAACACAUUAGCGGAAUUCGCUUUAAACCAAUUCAACAAUUUAGAUUUCAUCGAUAUCUCUUUGGUGGAUGGAUUCAACGUUCCUAUGGAUUUUAGUCCAACAUCUAAUGGGUGUACACGUGGCAUAAGAUGUACGGCUGAUAUUAACGGACAGUGUCCUGCUCAACUUAAAACUCAAGGCGGUUGUAACAACCCUUGUACGGUUUUUAAAACCGAUGAGUAUUGUUGCAAUUCUGGUAGCUGUGGGCCCACUGAUUAUUCAAGAUAUUUUAAGACUAGGUGCCCUGAUGCUUAUAGUUACCCAAAGGAUGAUCAGACAAGUACGUUCACUUGCCAAGGUGGAACCAAUUACAGGGUUGUUUUUUGCCCAUGAUCAAUUAAUGGUUGCUUAAUUAGUCCUCUUAAUUAAGGGUUAAUUACCUCUAUAUAUAUAUAUAUAUGUGUGUGCGCUUUUGCUGUGAGAUGCAUGUAUGUAUGCACUGAAUAUAGAAAAUAAAAAGGUGCAUGUGUGUGCACUUUGUGAUCUUAUUCUUACCUCUAUAUAAGAUGAGCAAUAUGCUAAAUGACGUGUGAGAUUAUCAAUAAAGUUUUCAUGAAACCAAGAAGUGAUAAAUCGUCUU